AGUAGACCCAAGACACGGAAAAACCCUAUUUAAUCAUUUCAAAGUUUUAGGAAAGCAAGGAGUAAAAAAGAAUUUUGUAGAAAAUGUCAGAGGGAAGGUAUGCUCUAAAGAAAAAAAGUGGAAAAGUCCUUAUUGUUAUAAACCAGAAUUAUCACAGAAAACACUUUGGUGAGAAUGACGUACCAGAUAUAAAAUGCCAAAGAUGUCGCAAAUAUCAUAUCAGGAAAGAUGAGUGGGAUGGUGAUUUGAAAUCCGAGCGUAUUACAAAAGAGGAUGCUGACAUUACAGAGUUAGUCGACAUAUUUAAAGCUUUAGGGUUUACAGACAUACACGGUGGUACGGAUCGGUUUGUGGAGAGGAAUAAAUCAAAGAAGGAAAUGAUUAAAUUACUGCAAGAAGUGGCCAAGGAUGACUUCAAAGAUGACUACUGUUUCAUCUGUGUGAUUUUAUCCUAUGGAAAAGAUGGCGUGAUUACUUGCGUAGAUGACAGUCAGGAUAGAAAUUCAUGUCCUAAAACCCCCACUCCAAGUAUGAUGCUGCCCGUGUCUGAACUCCAGGAGUGUCUCAAGGGAGACAAAUGCCGAGGGCUUCUUAUGAAGCCCAAAAUAUUCCUAUUACAGCUAGAGUCAGUUCCAGGAGAUACUCGAGAUGCUCCCAAAGGUGGUUUAGAACAAUUAACUAAACAACUGAAAAUUCCCAGAGAAGCAGACUUUCUGAUCUACAACUGUGAGACAGAUUAUGCCAUCGAAGCAUGGAAACAAGGCCUGAAGAACCAUGUCCAAGAUAAAGAGGAGCCUUUGGAGAUACAGAGGCUGCUAACCAGAAUGAACAACAUGGUACGUGCGUACUACGAAGGUCAACACAUGGGCGAUGUGGAAUUGCCAUGUGUUACCUCCCUUCUAACCAAAGAGGUGUAUCUGGGAAAAAGAAUUCAGCAAUAGAACCUAUUGAUACAGUGUUUGUAUGGAAAAAGAAUCCAAUAUUAGAACUUCUACUUUGUUAAAAACUUUGUAGAUUGUUUGAGUAAUUUCAGGAGAUUAAAAUAUUGUCCUUUUUAGUUUUUGUAAAAAAAAUUUUGAGUACAAUAUUUCAUGUUUUAUAAUAUUAUAUAAUAAUUAUUUGUAUUGGGUUUUGAUUGUUUUGUCUUUGUAGUUGCUUUAAGGUAGCCAAUGUAUAAAACUCAACAAUUUUUGCAAUCUUUAUCUCUAAAUCAUUCAAAUGAUUUGAAUAAUGGAAAUUUGAAACAAAAUGAUAGUGCCUGCAUUGUGAAUGUGUAAGACACUUUUCUGUAUUUGGUUUGAAGUUUCAGUCAUUGUAUCCCUUUCUGGACCUAACUUUUUUUUAAUACCAAAUUGCAAGAAUAUUCAAGUUUUAAUCAACAAAUUAUUUCAUCAGUAACGGUAGAACGUAUCAAUAGUUCUCUAUUAUUAUUAGUGUGCUCUGUUACAUUGGUACAUUAGUUACAUUAAUUUGCAAUAGAUGCUCAAUCAGUGUUAUAAACUGUAUUUAAGUGAAAGUUACAGUACCAUUUACAUGUAUAUAUUAGUUGCUCAUCACCUUUUUUGUCUCGAUCAUUUUUUUGUUUUGUUUGUUUGUUUGUUCAUUUUUAUUUCGGUACUUUCUAACAAUUUCAUAUUUAUAUACAUGUAUUAUAUAAAACAUCUUAUGUAAAAGAUUUUUUUUGAAAAAUUUGAACAUUAGUCUUCCUAAAAAUGUUGAGCAGAAAUUAAUUUCCAAGUGCCUUCAUUUUAGACAUCAUGCUCUGUUACAACAUGAAUUAUUCACAAGCACUGUGAUCUAUGUGAUAAGUAUAGGCAUUCCUAUCAUUUAAUGGUUGCUCAAAUUCAUCAAAGAAGUAUGUGAUAAUAAAGGAUCACGAUGUUAUAUUGCAGAUCAACAUGAUCAAUGAUAAAAAUGUAUGAUAGUGAUCAACUAUAUACCAGGGAGAUGUAGUUUAACUAUGCAACAAAGUUUUCACCUUGAAUUUAUAGCAAACAGGUGUUUUGAAAAAUAUUUUGAUUAUAUAUUAGAUAUAUUUACAAUCAGUUUAUGCAAAAUAAUAUUCUUUAGUCAUUGAAAUACAUGUAAGUAUUUUCAGAUGUAUAUGUACAAAUUUGAUUUACAAUAAUUACAAU